AUGGCCGACAUCGACACCUCUAAGCUCACCUCGUCCGCCCAGAUCUUCUCGCCGAACAAUACCCUCCCUCAGAUUCGUGCUAUACACAAGAACCUCCAUGUCGCAAUCGAAGAGAAAUCGACCCGCCUGCGUACGCAGGUCGGAAGCUCCUAUCGCGAUCUUCUCGGCACGGCAGAUACCAUCGUGCACAUGCGCGACGACAACGAUGUUGUCCAGGAGCUUCUAGGCAAGAUGGGCGGCCAAUGCGGAAGAGCUGUGAUAGGCGCCAAAGCUACAGGUCUCUCCAAUUUCGUCGCAAAAGAGAACAGGUCUGCAGCAUCUAUCGCCGCGCGGCUGAGACUUCUUGACGCAUGUGUACUGGUUGUAGGACGAAUACUAAAAGGCGGUGGUGGACUAGGUGGUGGUGUCAAGAGGGGAGACAGACUGGUACUCUCUACCAAGGUCCUUGUUCUGAGUCGACUUUUGAUCAAGAGCCUGCUAGACGAUGUCACCGACCCAGGCAGUCGCCGAGCUACAGAAGCUGCUCGAAUAUCGGUCAACAAGCUACGGCGAAGACUGCUUAGGAGCGUGGAGAAGGUCUUCGAGAAGGCAGGCGAUGAGACGGAAAGGGAAGAUGUUCAAAAAGCAUUAUGCGCUUACAGCCUAGCUACUAGCUCCGGAGCAAAAGACGUCCUUCGACAUUUCUUGCACGUGAGAGGAGAGGCCAUGAGUCUUGCUUUUGAAGUGGAAGAAAACAACCGCAAAAUCAGUGCUGAGGACGUUGUCAAAAGCCUUAGACUAUACUCAAGAACUCUUCUUGACGUACAAGCUUUGGUACCAGGUCGUUUAUCAUUGGCUUUGUCGGGGUUGAAGAGUCAUCCCCUGCUCGCUGACCCCAGUCUCAAGCAGCUUGAAGGACUACGGCUGGAUAUUUACGAGCGCUGGUGCGACGAAGAGAUACAGUAUUUCACGCCAUUUGUUAGACAUGAUGAUCUUGAUGGGAGCCAGGCUCGCCAGAUGUUAUCGGCAUGGUCCGAGAAGGGAUCUGAGGUUCUGCUUUCUGGACUUAGGAAAGCUCUGGGUACCAUGUCGGAGUUCAAGUUGAUCAUGGAACUACGAACAAGCGUUUUAGAGCUUUGGAUCCGAGAUGGUGGGAAGGCCAAGGGUAUUGACCCAUCAGAGAUGCAAGAUUCUCUUCGCGAGGCCAUCAACUCACGCAUGUUGGAGGUUUUAGACACCAAGGUCAGCAAGCUUCGUCUAGUCGGCUCCGAAGUAUCCGCAGCUCUCGGACGAUGGAAGGAUGGUAUCACUGAUGAGCAUGUGAGCAUCUGGGACGAAGAUGGGUACGAUGAAGCCCUUGCGGGUGGUGCUGCGCCAUUCGUGCAGGAGGUUGUAUCUCGUCUCUACGGCCGCAACGAUGCUGUUUCCAAGGCAGCGCAUUGUUACAAGUCAUGGUAUCACGUUAUUGAUGAUGUCAAAGAGGUGGUCGAGCAGCUUCGCCGGCAGCGCUGGGAUAACGAUUAUGACGAGAUUGAAGAUGAAGACACAAUUGAGGCUAGGCAAAAGCUUUUAAGCAAAGACGAUCCGCAGAUGUUGCAGGAGAAGCUUGAUACUACGCUCGACAAGUCUUUCAAGGAGCUGGAAGAUCACAUUCAGGGUUUGUGGAACGAACGCGCUGGGUCAUCGCGGAAUGGCAAGAUGGCUAUGUAUUUCCUCCGCGUCAUGCGAGACAUCCGGCAACAGUUACCAGAGCGCCCAUCUAUAAGGACCUUUGGACUCAAGAUUGUCCCUUCACUCCAUGAGAAUGUGGCAAUCGCCGUUUCGGAACCUACGCUCAAUGAGUUCUCUGCUCAAGGAAUCACGCAAAGGGUUGUGGUGGGUAGACCGCUUUGGGAUGGAGAGCCAGCACUGCCAAACCAGCCCUCGCCAGAGAUUUUCCUGUUCUUGCGAUCGCUCUCAAUGUCAAUGUCGGAUCAUGGACUCGACCUAUGGACUAAAGCAGCCGUUUCUGUGAUGAAGAAGCAUUUGACACAACAGCUAUGUGAACUGUGGGACAAGUCAAUAGCAGACAUUUUGGCCGAGGAAACAAAUACUAUCAAGGAGCACGAUGCAAAGGAUAGCAAGUCGAAGAAUGCAGUUACAGACGCAGAAAAGAAGGAUGAUGAAGACACAGAAAACGAUGAAGAUACGGAAGAUGAGGGAGAUGAGGAUACCAAGAAGGACACCAACACCGAGUCAUCCACAGAGAUCGAAAAACAAGACAACGAGUCCAAGUCCGUGUUGAGCUCUGAGCAGAAGGCAGAUCUCUUCACGCAGUGGCUCUUCGAUGUCUCUCUCUUGCGGCAUUGCAUCGGCAACGCAGAGGAGGCAUCGAGCAACCUAUUCCAAAAACUCGAGGACAGGUUCUAUCAACACUCCAAGCUGGAUGAUACAGCAGCGAGGCAGCGAAUCUCCAAGUCGGCCAACGAUUUCUGGCAGCGAACAAGCUUGUUGUUUGGCCUGUUAGCAUAG